AACGAACACACUGAUUAUUAGUUCAAUUUCCAAUCAAAUAUGAUAUGAACUUUGGGCUGAACUGUGGAUCGUAUGUCAUAGAUCAAUAAUUUGAUUCAUCACAUUAUCACCAUAUAUUCUACCACACACAGCCGUACUACGAACCACAUAUACACUGACAUAGCUUGCAUGAGAUACUAAAAUGGCAACUCAGCCCCCAGAUUAUUCAGGACAAGUUCCAGCCCUAAAAGAAAAGUUUAAUGAGCAGUUUGCAGAAAGCAUAAAGGAUGGAACAUUCGACAGUAGAGAUGUUGAAGUGUACAACAAGAAUGACACCUAUUUCAAGAACUUCCUGAGGAGCAAUAGUGGAAAGGAACCCGAGACACUGACUCAUAUAGAAAGAGUACUGAAGUGGAGAAAAGAGUAUGGUGUAAAUGACUUGACACGAGAGGGUAUAAGUAAAGAAGUCUGGGACAGAGACGGACUUGUCUACAAAGGGAAAGAUAAAGAAGGACAUAAAAUAUUACAUUUUACUGUUGCGAAGCACAAGAAGGACUCCAAAUUGGAUGAAGAUGUUAAGAAAAUGAUUGCAUUCCAGUUUAAUGAGCACUACAAGGAAUUCCCUGGGGAGAAGAUUAUUGUCAUAUUUGACUUUUAUGAAGCUGGAAUCAGCAAUAUGGAUCUUGAUAUAACAAAAUUCAUAAUCUCUUGUGUUACGGACUACUAUCCCGGGAUUCUAGCCUACAUUCUUAACUAUGAAAUGCCAUUCCUAUUAAAUGCCAUAUGGAAGGUCAUCAAAGGCUGGCUGAGCAAAGAACAGAACGACUACGUGAAGAUGGUUAAGAAGAAGGACAUAUCAAUAUAUUUAGAUGAGGAAAAUCAAUCUCCUCAUAUGAAAGAAGUCGCGGCCAUUGACUGUUUACAAUUAUUGACUCUCCAAAGGUUGACGGUUGGCAGGCAGGCAGGCAGGCAGGCAGGCAGGCAGGCAGGCAGGCAGGCAGGCAGGCAGGCAGGCAGGCAGGCAGGCAGGCAGACAGACAGACAGACAGACAGACAGACAGACAGUUUUUCUAUAUUCCCUAUACAUAGAAUGGCCUAUAGCUAG